GGCUGUUUCCCUUGCAUGGGGCCUUGCAACAACUCUCAUCUGAGGCCUUCAAAGGCAGAGUCUCCCACCAAGAGGAGGAAGAAGAGAUAUCUGCGGCAUGACAAGCCCCCCUACACCAACUUGGCCAUGAUCGCCUUGGUAAUUCAGGCCGCACCCUUCCACAGGCUGAAGCUGGCGCAGAUCAUCCGUCAGGUCCAGGCAGUGUUUCCCUUCUUCAGGGAUGACUACGAAGGCUGGAAGGACUCCAUCCGCCACUACCUUUCCUCUAACCGGUGCUUCCGGAAGGUGCCCAGGCCUACAAAGCCCCAGGCCAAGGGCAACUUCUGGGCGGUAGAUGUGAGCCUGAUCCCAGCAGAGGCGCUGCGCCUUCAGAAUACUGCCCUGUGCCGGCGAUGGCAGACCCGGGGCACACACAGAACUUUCGUCAAGGACCUGAGCCCCUACGUACUCCAUGGCCGGCCUUAUCGGCCGCUCAUUCCCUCACCACCAUCCAGGGAGGGUUUCAGCAUCAAGUCCCUGCUAGAGGACCCUGGGAAAGGACCAACACUGCCCCAGCAGCCUUCGCUAGUUGAACAGAGCAGCUCAGCUCAGGCACGCACCUGGUCCAAGGGGGAGGAAGGGGUGUGUACUGUACCCUCUAACUCCUCUGAGAAGCCUCUGUGGCCCCUCUGCUCCCUUCCUGGACCCACAAGAAUAGAGGGGGAGACUUCCCAAGGGGAGGUCAUCAGGCCUUCUCUUUCCCCAGAGCAAGGAACCUGGCCCAUCCACUUACUUGAGGGAUCCCCAGAUCCCAUGGGAAUGACCAACAGUGGAUGCAGAGCUUCCUUGUGGGGUCAGCUACCCACCUCUUACUUGCCCAUCUACACUCCCAAUGUAGUAAUGCCCUUGGCCACACUACCUCCCACCUCUUGUCCCCAGUGCCCAUCUUCAACCAGUCCAACCUACUGGAGUGUAGGUACUGAAUCCCAAGGGUCCCAAGACCUGCUCUGUGAUCUAGAUUCCCUCUUCCAGGGAGUACCACCCAACAAGAGCAUCUAUGAUGUGUGGGUCAGCCACCCUUGGGAUCUGGAGGCUCCUGCCCCAGGCUGGCUGCUCUCUUGGUACAGCCUGUAAU